AUGGUGAACCCGGGAAAGCGGAUGCACAUAUUGCAAGCCCUACUCGCAUUACGACAUGGCCCAGGAGCAGCAAUAUUACCACCCGAGAUCACGCGGAUACAUUUGGACUUUGCAUUGAAGUGGAAUGACGGACACUUGGGACCGAGGAAAUUUUGGAAGACCUGUCUCCCACGUCUAAAAUUCUGGAACCCCGCGAUACCCAUGCUCGUAAACCGAACGUCAGAUCAAUCAGCCCCGGCCAAGAUGUCCAUCUACUUCCGACAAGCUUCGCUGGACUCCAAUACCCCUUCUGCCCUAACCACCAAGCUUACACCCAGCACCCGAGCCCGAGGAAGGAGAGAGCGUGUCGUGACGAUAGACAUGAAAAACGUGCACUCGGAUGAGAUCCUCAGCGAAUUCAUGACCAAGACUGGUGCCACUCUCAUCCAUCCAACACCCGACGAGCAAGUCGAGAUGCGGCAAAUCGAAGAACUUAACGAGAAGGCUGCCAUCGACCGAUCAAUCAUGAAGAAGUAUAUCGACGAUGUGAAGCGCGAGGAGCGCAUACUGGCUAUAGCUCGCCAAGAAGCCGAUGCUAUCAAGAUGGCCAACGAUUAA